AUGGAUCCUGGAGAACAUAAAUUUCCAAGGGAAUUAUCAUCAAAUCCAAGAUGGUAUCAGCCCCUCCACGAUCCUACCUCUUCUAAACCAUUAAAAUCCAUGGCAGGUGAAAAGAAAUCCGUUCACCCGGCAUUUGCCAUCAACAACAUCAAGUCUCUGAUUCCAUUCAUCUUAGAUAUCAAACAAGAUGAAUACUCCUCAUGGGUAUUUCUCUUCGAUCUUCAUCUUCAAGCUCACCGAUUGCUAUUUCUGAUUGAUGGUUCACCACGACCUACGGAUAUUGAUGCCGAUACGGAAAAACAGUUAGAUGCUCUUUGUCGUCAAUGGAUGUUUGCUACCAUGACCAAGGAUCUCAUGCUUACCGUUCUCAAGAAAGGCAAAACUUCAAAGGAGAUUUGGGACCAUCUCAAAACACUUUUUCAAGACAACAAAGGAAGCCGUGCUGCAAAUCUUGAAAGUAAGUUUGUAAAUCUCAAGUUUUCUGAUUGUGCUAGUGUUGAUGAUUAUUGUGAUAAACUUAAAUCACUGUCCGAUCGAUUGAGUGACCUUGAAUUUCCGAUGAAUGACAAACGAUUGGUUAUCCAACUGGUUAAUGGUCUUCCGGAGGAAUAA